CGCCAUGGAGCCCGGGGAGGUGAAGGACCGGAUCCUGGAGAACAUCUCCCUGUCCGUCAAGAAGUUGCAGAGUUACUUUGCAGCCUGUGAGGAUGAGACCCCAGCAAUUAGGAAUCAUGACAAAGUCCUGCAGCGGCUAUGUGAGCACCUGGACCACGCUCUGCUUUAUGGGCUGCAAGAUCUCUCUUCAGGCUACUGGGUGCUGGUCGUUCACUUCACCCGCAGGGAAGCCAUCAAGCAGAUAGAAGUCCUGCAACAUGUGGCCACCAAUUUGGGGCGCAGUCGAGCUUGGCUGUACCUGGCCCUCAAUGAGAACUCGCUGGAGAGCUACUUAAGGCUGUUUCAGGAGAAUCUAAGUCUGCUGCAUAAGUACUAUGUCAAGAAUGCCCUGGUCUGCAGUCAUGAUCACCUGACUUUGUUCCUGACGCUGGUGUCUGGGCUGGAAUUCAUUCGCUUUGACUUGGAUCUGGAUGCCCCUUACUUGGACCUGGCGCCAUACAUGCCCGAUUACUACAAGCCUCAGUAUCUGCUGGACUUCGAGGAUCGCCUGCCCAGCUCCAUCCAUGGCUCAGACAGCCUGUCGCUCAACUCCUUCAACUCAGUCACCUCGACCAAUCUGGAGUGGGACGACAGUGCCAUUGCACCCUCAAGUGAGGAUUAUGAUUUUGGAGAUGUCUUUCCUGCAGUGCCGUCCAUACCCAGCUCAGCCUGGGAAGAUGGAGACCUAACAGACACUCUCAGCUGCCCGCACUCCGUGGCCUCUGAUCUGAAUGGCGGCAAGGCUUCCGUGAAGAGUCCGACACAACGCUACAACCCCUUCAACGAGGAGAAGGCUGACGUGCUGUCCUCCACCGAAACCACCCCUGCGCACACCGCCUCCCUGGAGCGGAUGGACACCACGACGGAAGGCACAGACCAGCUGGAGAGCGGCACGGAGCUGGAAGUCAUCAGAUUAGCUAAAAAGAAGAAAACCGGCAAGAAAAAGAAGGUGAAAUUGGAGGAAAUGGUGACCCCCCCUGCCCCCAGUGCCACGGAGGCUGACGGGGAUGGUGGCCCGAACGGACUGAGCGAAGGAGCUGAGCUGAAGACAGACAGCAGGCCGCCCUCUCCAGAGGGCCAGGAGAGGCCAGGAGAGAGCAGCAAGCACUCGACCCUGAGCCAGCUGGGCCUGCGGAUCCCAGAGAUGAAGGACUCCUCCAUGGAGAGCGUGGGGCAGCCACUGAGCAAAGUGAUCGACAGACUGAACGGGCAGCUGGACCCCAGUGGCUGGAACUGCCCCGUCGAGCCCCCCGAUCAGUCCUUUCGGACUGGCAUGCCAGGGGAGACCCCGGAUGGGCCGCCCUCUGGCAGCUAUAGCGAGGGGAUUUCGACCCCCAUGGACUUCUACCGCUUUACCGUCGAGAGUCCAAACUCUCCUGUGCCAAGUGGUGGCGACCAUGACCCUGCAGGGGCUGGCCAACCGCCACAUGUUCCUGGUAGCCCUGAGACUGCUGGACAAGAGGAAGAAGGAGGAGAGGGAGAAACAGCUGGGGCGGUAGAGGACGCUCAGGAGGAGGCAGAUAAAACCCAAGCCAGCGAAAUGGAAACUGGCCACACGGAGGCGCUCAGCAGGCAGAAAGGAGACCAGCCCAGUCCUUCUCUGAGCAGCGCUGAUGACUCCGGGGUGGAGGAGGGGCAGGGCAGCCCGUCGGAAAUGGCCCAUCCAUCGGAGUUCAGGGUGGAUAACAACCAUCUAUUGCUGCUGAUGAUCCAUGUCUUCCGGGAGAAUGAGGAACAGCUGUUCAGGAUGAUCCGAAUGAGCACCGGGCACAUGGAGGGGAAUCUUCAGCUGCUCUAUGUCCUGCUGACGGACUGUUACGUUUACCUGAUCCGGAAAGGAGCAGCGGAAAAGCCGUACUUGGUGGAGGAGACCGUUUCGUACAAUGAGCUAGACUACAUCUCGGUUGGCCUGGAUCAGCAGACAGUGACGUUGGUUUGCACCAACCGUCGGAAGCAGUUCCUGCUGGACACCGCCGAUGUGGCCCUUACAGAGUUUUUCCUGGUCUCCUUGAAGUCAGCCAUGGUCAAAGGCUGCCGAGAGCCGCCGUACCCCAGUAUCCUCACCGACGCCACGAUGGAGAAGCUGGCGCUGGCCAAGUUUGUGGCCCAAGAGUCAAAGUGCGAGGCUUCCGAUGUGCUCGUGCGCUUCUAUGGCCUCGUUCACUGGGAGGACCCCAUGGAUGAGGCAUUGGGACCGGCCCCUUCCCUUUACGCGUCUCCUGAGAACUCGGUCACUAAAGAAGGCAUCCUGCAUUACAAGGCUGGGACCUCGUACCUGGGCAAGGAGCACUGGAAGACCUGCUUUGUGGUGCUCAGCAAUGGGAUCUUAUACCAGUAUCCAGACCGCACUGACAUUAUCCCUCUGCUCUCCGUGAACAUGGGGGGGGAGCAGUGUGGCGGGUGCCGGCGAUCGAACACCACAGAUCGCCCCCACUCCUUCCAGGUGAUCCUGACCGACCGCCCUUCCCUGGAGCUCAGUGCCGAGAACGAAGAGGAGAUGGCAGACUGGAUGCAAUAUUUGUGCCAGGCCGUCUCCAAAGGGGUUAUCCCCCAGGGCGUGGUCCCUACGCCCUGCAUCCCCUGCUGCCUUGUCGUAACCGACGAGAAGGCCUUCACCUGCCACGAGGACUGCCAGACAAGCUUCUUCCGCUCGCUCGCCACCGUGGAGCUGCCGGACGUGGCCACUGUCGCUACGGAAGCCGGCAAGGAGUACUGUAUAAUAGAGUUUGCCCAGGACCGUCACCAGUUCCUGCCCCCCUGGGUCCUGUACUUUAGUUGCACUACGGAACUGGAGAGGUUCCUCGUGGUGUUGAGCACCGUGUGGAGAAAUAUCUACCAGGUCGAUCUCCGGCACAAGGCUAUCCAAGAAGCCUCAGUCAAGAAGAAAUGCGAGGAUGCCUUGAGCCUGAUCCGCAGCGCCUGGCAGCGCAGCGACAGCCUGUGCCGUGGCCGGGCCUCCCGGGACCCCUGGUGUUAA